UGUUGGGACCUUCUCUUGCUUUUAGUGAGAACACUGACGUUGACUCUUAACAUAAAUGAGAAAGAAAUUGAAGAAAAUCAUGGGGCAAGACCGAAUUCCCAAAGACCGUGAGGCGUGUGAGAUGUUGAAGCUUUCAAUGCUAAAGAAGUGGAGGCAACUUGAACGACCAGAUUCUUUUGAUGCUUCUGACGAGUAUCAUUCACAGGAACUGUCAAUGGCAAUUUAUCAAAGAGAAGAAAAUGCAGCCAUUUGUGCUCAUUACUAUGAUCAAUCAUGCCCUGCUGCUGAAAAAAUUAUACUUGAAACGGUUAAGAACGCUACUUUGUAUGAUCCUAAAGUGCCUGCUCGAUCGUCUCCUCAGAAUGUUCUUCCACGAUUGCUUCAUCAGGAUUCGACUCAGUCCAACCAAGCUGAGAAGGAUGGUCCUCCAAACAUUUCGGUACGGUCAUUUUACGUGAUCGAAGAUGCUAAGAGAAAGCUCGAAAAGGCUUGUCCUCGUACUGUGUCUUGUGCCGAUGUAAUCGCCAUUGCAGCUAGAGACGUGGUCACCUUGUCUGGUGGUCCUUACUGGAGCGUACUAAAAGGACGAAAAGACGGGACAAUUUCGCGAGCCACUGAGACUAGAAAUCUCCCAGCACCAACGUUCAAUGUUUCUCAACUGAUCCAAAGCUUUGCAGCAAGAGGCUUGUCGGUGAAAGACAUAGUUACGCUCUCAGGUGGCCACACCCUAGGGUUCUCUCACUGUUCUUCUUUCGAGGCCCGUCUUCAAAACUUCAGCAAAGUCCACGACAUUGAUCCUUCGAUGAACUAUGCGUUCGCACAAACCCUGAAAAAGAAAUGCCCGAGAUCAUCUAACCGAGGCAAGAACGCAGGGACAGUCUUGGACUCUACUUCCUCGGUUUUCGAUAAUGUUUACUUCAAGCAGAUUUUGUCCGGGAAAGGAGUGUUUGGGUCUGAUCAGGUGCUUUUAAGCGAUUCCCGAACUAAGUGGAUCGUUGAGACAUAUGCUCAAGACCAAAAAGCUUUCUUCAGAGAGUUUGCAGCUUCCAUGGUGAAACUUGGAAACUUUGGAGUCAAGGAGACUGGACAAGUGAGGCUUAACACCCGCUUCGUCAACUAAAAGCAUAACCCUAUAGAAGAGGCAACCAAAUGAGAGUUUUCUUUUCUUCAAAUUUGAUUUCAUUUAUAUAUGAUAUUAUAAUAAUGUCGACCGGCCAAU